GGAACUGGGAUACAAGUGCUUGAAGAUUACAGAAGCCCGCCGCUGACUGGAGCGUAUAAGCUAUUAUUACGUAAAUGUCCAUACAUACAACUUUUCCCGUUUAUUUUACACAUUGGACCUCAACCAUAACUUUUCAUCUUGUGUUGGAGGGUGAUGGUCAAUUCAUUCUCCCUAAAUAUAUCAUUCGAAAUUUUAAAGGUCUGUUGAUCUUUGACUUGUCAUUUCAUUUAGUUGCCCACGACUUAUCUAGUCUACCACACCAUUUUAUUGUUUGCAUUAAGCUUUUUCAUUGGAGUCACUACAGUAACUAAAAGCUGUAACCUGUGGCUUGUAAUUAAGAUGGCCUAGACACCGAGUUAUAUAAAAUGAACCCACAUAACCUGUAUGCAUGAAAAUCUGUCCCUUUGCCGGAGAGCUGUUAAUUGAUUCCAAAGUACCUUCCUCCUCGAUUUCCUAUUGGAUCGAGUGCUAGCUCCUGCUGGUCUCUCUCUGUCUGUAACAUACCGGAAAGAAGAUAUGAGCAAGACCAAUGGCUUCUUGGCUUGUCUACUGUUUGUGCUCCAUGGGCAAGCCUUCUUUACGACAGAAGCGGACGCUAAGAGCAGCGUUCAUAUUGUUUACCUCGGAGAAAGGCAGCAUGAUGAUCCUCAGCUCGUCGCUGAUUCACACCACGACAUGCUUUCCGCUGUUGUGGGGAGCAAGGAAGUAGCCUCAAAAUUGAUGGUGUACAGUUACAAGCAUGGUUUCUCUGGGUUUGCAGCUAAGCUAACAGAGUCUCAGGCACAACGACUAGCCGAGUUUCCUGGUGUAAUUCGAGUAAUACCGAAUUCUCUUCACAAGCUGCAGACAACCAGGAGCUGGGAUUACUUGGGCCUGUCUUCUGCCACCCACAACGAUCUUCUUCGCAAAAGCAAAAUGGGUGAUGGUGUUAUCAUAGGUGUCUUUGAUACAGGAAUUUGGCCGGAGUCACAGGUUUUCGACGACGAAGGGUUUGGGCCAAUCCCAUCUUACUGGAAGGGUGUUUGUGAGUCUGGGCAGCAAUUUAAUGCCACAUCACAUUGCAAUAGAAAAGUGAUUGGAGCCCGUUGGUUUGUCAAUGGAUUUCUCGCUGAGUAUGGACAGCCCUUAAACACCUCAGGAGACCAAGAAUACUUGUCCCCAAGAGAUGCAAAUGGACACGGCACCCAUACAUCCAGCACAGCAGCUGGUUCUCAAGUCAGCAACAUUAGUUACAAGGGCCUUGGUCAAGGAACCGUGAGAGGUGGAGCUCCAAGGGCUCGUUUGGCUGUAUACAAGGUGUGCUGGAAUGUGUUUGGAGGAUACUGUGCAGCUGCUGAUAUACUCAAAGCCUUUGAUGAAGCUAUACAUGAUGGGGUUGACGUGUUAUCUAUAUCAAUUGGAUCUUCAAUUCCUCUCUACUCAGAUGUUGAUGAGCGCGAUGGAAUUGCCACUGGCUCCUUCCAUGCUGUAGCCAAGGGCAUCACUGUUGUUUGUUCAGCUGCUAACGAUGGCCCAUCAGCCCAGACAGUACAGAAUACGGCACCAUGGAUUAUAACUGUUGGAGCAAGCUCCAUGGAUCGGGCAUUUCCAACACGUAUCACACUUGGAAACAAUAAAACUGUACUGGGUCAAGCCAUGUACACAGGGAAGGAAAUUGGGUUCACAGGUUUGCUCUACCCGGAAUCAAAAGGGCUUGAUCCUACAUCCUCGGGUGUCUGCCAAUCACUGUCUCUCAAUCCCAAGUUUGUAGCUGGAAAGGUGGUCCUGUGCUUCACGUCAUUGGAUGCUAGAAUAACAGUAUCAAUUGCAUCAUCAUAUGUUAUAGCUGCAGGUGGUGUUGGGGUAAUCAUUGCAAGGAGUCCCGGUGACCCGGUGGCUCCGUGUAGCAAUGACUUCCCAUGUAUUGAAGUCAACUACGAGGUUGGGACACAGAUAUUGUUCUACAUCCGCUCUACCAGGUCGCCUAUGGUAAGAUUGAGCCCUUCUAAAACUCAAGUGGGCAAGUUUGUGUCAGCAAAGGUGGCUUAUUUCUCAUCAAGGGGGCCUAGCUCCAUUAUACCCUCAAUUCUCAAGCCAGAUAUAACUGCUCCUGGUGUACAGAUCUUAGCUGCCACCUCUCCCCUUGAUCCAUUAGCAGAAAGUGGAUUUGUGAUGUACUCAGGCACAUCAAUGGCAACUCCUCAUGUGUCAGGCAUUGUAGCACUACUCAAGGCAUUACACCCUGAUUGGUCCCCAGCAGCUAUAAAAUCUGCCCUUAUCACAACUGCAUGGAGAAAUGAUCAAUAUGGUUUUCCUAUAUUUGCUGAGGGAUCCCCUAUAAAGCUUGCUGAUCCAUUUGACUAUGGAGGUGGGAUUGUAAACCCAAAUGGUGCUGCAGACCCUGGUUUAGUUUUUGACAUGGGCAGACCUGAUUACAUACAUUACCUCUGUGCUAUGGGCUACAACAACACUGCUAUAUCUCGACUUAACGGACAAUACACGGUGUGUCCGAGUAAAAAACUCUCCAUUCUGGACCUAAAUCUUCCUUCCAUAAUCAUACCACGUCUUAGAAAGUCCACAACCCUCACCAGAACUGUCAAAAACGUAGGACCUGCUGUUUCGGUAUAUAGAUCCGUACUUAAGCCUCCUGUUGGAACAACUGUGUCAGUGAAGCCUGACGUCUUGGCCUUCAAUGCUACGACUACGACAAUCUCCUUCACGGUUACGGUUCACUCCAUGCAUCAAAUGAACACAGGGUACUAUUUUGGAAGCCUGACCUGGACCAAUGGAGUGCACACUGUUAGAAUCCUCAUGUCCGUGAGAACAGAAUCUUAUGCUGAUGCCAACUGAAUGCAACUGACUUAUAUGAUUCAUUAUUAUGGUACUUUAUUUUUUGUCUUCACAAUAAUGUUCAACAAACAAGACAUCUGUUUUGUAGUUGAAGUGUUUGUAUUUAGCGAGCGUAUUAUUUUACGCAUAUUUCCAGUUUCAGACUGAUGUUUUUAUGGCAAUUGAACCUUGAAUGUUUUUGGACA